AUGUCUCCACAAGGACGGCGGUAUUAUGUCAACACCAUUAACAAUGAGACCACAUGGGAGAGACCCUCCAGUGUACCCGGGACCCCCAAAACCUCAGUGCGGCACAAGAACUCCCUGCCCGCAGUGAACGGCUUCCACUCAGGCGGCAGUCCUCUGCAUCACGUGGAGCAUCCGCACAACAGUCUGAUAAGGAAGAGCAGCACAGAGCCACAGAGCCCGGGAUCGACGUCGCCCACCAGGAAACAGCACAAGGAGACGACGGUCACGGUGAGUGGGGCAGCGAACGGGAACCCCUGUGAAGUGACCUCAGCGUGCAUGUCGGAGCAACAGCUGCUGAAGCCAAAUGAAUGGAGCUACUGCGAUUACUUCUGGGCCGAUAAGAAGGAUCCCCAAGGCAGUGGCUGCGUCACAGGAUUUGAGGUUCUGCUGCAGAAACAGCUGAAGGGGAAACAGAUGCAAAAGGAGAUGGCCGAGUUCGUACGAGAGAGAAUAAAGAUAGAGGAAGAGUAUGCCAGGAACCUCUCCAAGCUAUCUCAGAUCCCUCUAGCAGGCCAGGAGGAAGGGACUCUGGGGGAAGCCUGGGCCCAGUUGAAGAAGAGCCUGGCGGACGAAGCAGAAGUUCACCUGAAGUUCUCCUCCAAGCUCCAGAGUGAAGUCGAGAAACCUCUGCUGACCUUCAGGGAGAACUUUAAGAAGGACAUGAAGAGGUGCGACCACCACAUCGCCGACCUGCGGAAGCAGCUGACUGGCCGCUAUGCAGCAGUGGAGAAGGCUCGUAAAGCACUGGCCGACAGACAGAAAGAGCUGGAGAUGAAAACUCAGCAGCUGGAGAUCAAACUCAGUAACAAGAUUGAAGAGGACAUAAAGAAGGCUCGCAGGAAAUCCACGCAAGCAGGUCAGAGGCAGAGGUCAAAGACUGACAGAAAGGCGUGGGACUGA